UGUUCCUGCUGUAGUGGGUGUACCGUCCUGUGGGCUGUGGCCAAAGAAAGGUGUUCAGCUGUCAGUUCUUGAGUAUAUUUUAUGAUUAAUUUAAUACACUAUUUGUUAUCAUUUACAGGGUUGGGUGGCGGUAGGUUUUAUUGGGUUGAGUUUGACAAAGUAACAGGCAGCGAGUUGGACGCACCAAGAAAAUAGUGAGGUCCUGUGAACAUUUCCGCUUGACAAGGCAGACAGACAGGCAGCAGUAGCAGGAGUGACUGCGUUAAGGCUAAAGUGACGAAAUCGUGUAGCGUGGUUUUUUUUUUGCCAGUCUAUUACCGAAAGAAGGUCAUAGGAAAGAACAGCAUCUGACAGUGCGGUGGGUAACUACGAGUUAAAAUGUUGACAAGACUCUUUCGGAUGCAUGGGCACUUUGUAGCCUCCCACCCUUGGGAGGUGAUAGUGGGAACAGUUACUCUGACCAUCUGCAUGAUGUCAAUGAACAUGUUCACUGGAAAUGAUCAAAUCUGUGGAUGGAAUUAUGAAUGUCCAAAAUCCGAGGAGGAUAUUUUAAGUAGUGACAUUAUCAUCCUGACAAUCACACGUUGCAUAGCAAUUGUCUACAUAUAUUUCCAGUUCCAAAAUCUCAGACAACUUGGAUCAAAAUAUAUUUUAGGUAUUGCAGGCCUUUUCACAAUAUUUUCCAGUUUUGUGUUUAGCACUGUUGUUAUUCAUUUCCUUGACAAAGAACUCACAGGACUCAAUGAAGCUUUACCAUUUUUCCUGCUUUUGAUUGAUCUUUCCAAAGCAUGUGCAUUGGCCAAGUUUGCUCUGAGUAGCAAUUCUCAGGAAGAAGUAAGGGACAACAUUGCACGUGGAAUGGCCAUUCUUGGACCCACCUUUACACUUGACGCUCUAGUGGAAUGCCUUGUGAUUGGAGUUGGAACCAUGUCUGGUGUUCGUCAGCUAGAAAUCAUGUGCUGUUUUGGGUGCAUGUCAGUCAUGGCAAACUACUUUGUAUUUAUGACCUUCUUUCCAGCUUGUGUAUCUUUAGUUUUGGAGCUAUCUCGGGAAAGUCGUGAGGGACGUCCUAUCUGGCAGCUGAGUCACUUUGCUCGUGUUUUAGAGGAGGAAGAAGACAAUAAGCCAAAUCCAGUGACCCAAAGAGUGAAGAUGAUUAUGUCUUUGGGACUUGUGCUUGUCCAUGCACACAGUCGCUGGAUAGCAGAGCCUUCUCCUCAGAAUAAUACAGCAGACAGCCGCAAAAUUACUGCAGGGCUUGAAGUAAUGCCAAAAAGAAUUGAGCCUGAAAUGCCACUCUGGCAGUUUUAUAUAACCAGGAUGGCCAGCAUGGAUUUGGAACAAGUAAUAACUCUGAGUUUAGCUUUGUUGCUCACUGUCAAGUACAUCUUUUUUGAGCAAUCAGAAACUGAGUCAACACUGUCUCUGAAAAAAACACCUAUGUCAACAAUAUUAAAACAGGAUAAAAUAACCGAUGAAUGUUGUAGGAAAACUGUAAACUCUUCAAAAAGCCCCCAGUGUUCUGCAGCACCGGACAUUUCAUUUAAAAAAGAAGAGAUAGAUGAAGUUAUUAAACCUUUGCCUGUUGUGAGGACACCACAGGCCACGUUUGUUGUGGGUGACAGUGUUUCCCCUAGUGCAUCAAUUUUGGAACCAUUUCAAGACCCAGAAGAAUUGGCACCUAGGCCUGUGGAUGAGUGUUUAGCAAUAUUUAAAAAUCCAGAGAUGGGCCCUACAUUCUUAAGCAAUGAUGAGAUCAUUUCUUUGGUUACUGGAAAGCAUAUUCCCUCACACAAAUUGGAAUUUGUUGUGGAGACUCCUGAGCGUGGUGUAGUAAUUCGGAGGAAAAUGAUUGCAUCCAAACUUAAAAAUCCAUUUGCCCUGGAAUUUCUUCCACACAAAGACUAUGACUAUAAUCAGGUGAUGGGAACUUGCUGUGAGAAUGUUAUUGGGUACAUGCCUGUGCCAGUUGGAGUAGCAGGGCCCUUGACUUUGGAUGGCAAGCAAUUUCAGGUGCCCAUGGCAACAACAGAAGGGUGUCUUGUAGCAAGUGUUAAUCGUGGUUGCAGAGCAAUCACUCUUGGGGGAGGAGCCAGCAGUCAAAUCUUGGCAGACGGCAUGACACGCGGCCCUGUGGUCAAACUACCUUCAGCGUGCCAAGCAGCAGAGGUGAAGGCAUGGCUAGAGAGCCACGAGGGAUUUGAGUGUGUUAAAGAAGUAUUUAACAACUCUAGCAGAUUUGCACGUCUGGAGAAGCUUCUUGUUACGCUUGCUGGACGAACUGUCUUUAUUCGGUUUCAAUCAAAAACUGGAGAUGCUAUGGGAAUGAACAUGGUUUCAAAGGGUACGGAACAAGCACUUGGCAGACUUAAAGAAGAGUUUCCUGAGGUGGAAGUUGUUGCUCUUAGUGGGAACUUCUGUACAGACAAGAAGCCUGCAGCCAUUAACUGGAUUGAGGGCAGGGGAAAAUCUGUUGUCUGUGAAUGCAUGAUCCCUGCAAAGAUUGUCCGUGAAGUUUUGAAAACAUCUACAGCUGCACUAAUUGAAGUUAACAUUAGCAAAAACCUUGUUGGUUCUGCUAUGGCUGGCAGCAUAGGAGGAUACAACGCUCAAGCAGCAAACAUUGUAACUGCCAUCUAUAUUGCUUGUGGUCAGGAUCCUGCACAGAAUGUUGGGAGCUCAAACUGCAUCACCCUUAUGGAAGCAACUGGUCCCACAAAUGAAGAUCUGUAUAUCAGUUGUACAAUGCCAUCUAUAGAAGUUGGGACAGUGGGAGGAGGAACAAAUCUGGCACCACAACAAGCUUGCUUGCAGAUGCUGGGGGUUCAAGGUGCUAGCAAAGAGAAUCCUGGUGAAAAUGCCCGCCUACUGGCAAGAGUUGUUUGUGCUACUGUACUGGCAGGAGAGCUGUCUCUAAUGGCAGCACUGGCAGCUGGCCAUCUUGUAAAAAGUCAUAUGAUUCAUAAUAGGUCAAAAGUAAACUUGCAAGAGCUCCCUGGUACAUGCACCAAGAAUGCGGCUUGAAGAGAGGGCACUGCCAUUUCUGUGAAAAGCUGCUGUAUUUGCAAUGGCUGCUGGGAAAUGAACCUCUCCAAUGACAUGAACACACUGAGCUUUUUUUGCGAAAAGUUAUUAUGUAAAGGCCAUUCAAGAAAAUGUGCUUUAAGGUAUACGGUACAAGUAUAUUGUAAAAAGACGGAUGAGUUCAUUGCCACUUUUACAUGUUUUCAUAUCUGUACAUUCAAAAGUGUUGUGCUGCCAAACAUCCCAACUAACCGUUCUAGUUCAAAAGACAUGGCUGCCUGGGGUGAGGAUGGAAGAUCUGGGGUGCGUAGGCUGCGAUGGAAGACCAAAUUUGUUUGUUUGUAUUUCUAUAAAUUCAGAUUCAGAGAGCUUUAUACUGUAAGUUCUUUAAAGACCACCAUUGUUUGCUGUACAAUUUCUUUGUAAUUAUUGAGAAAAAUCUGGGGUUACUAGAUCAGUCAUCAUAAAAAGUUGCAAACGGAGCCAAUAACGGAUUAAUCCUGCGCUGAAUGGUUUAAUUUUGCAAAAACUGGACUGCGCUGAUUAACAGUUUCUGUCCUUUGGAUUCCCCUGCUGUAAAGUACUUUUUUUUAUUUCCUCCCAUUUUCUUUGGUCCAUUUUAUUGGUUCCAGUAAUGUGAAGAUUGGGGUUAUUUUACAAUCUGGACACUUAAUGUGCAAUUUGAUUUUCUAAAAUGCAAAUAUUAUGUUAAGUGAAACAUUGGCCCACCGAUCAACAUGCAGCAGUGCGCAGAGCCCCCCAUUGGGUGGAGAU